UUUUUCUUCAUCGCCGACUCCAAUCCAGUGUAUAUUUUCCAGCGCUAGACAAGUUGAUUUUUCGUCUGUUCGUGCAUCAUCUUAAUUUUGUUAUAAUUUUGCAAUAGUAAUAUUUUCCAGUUUCAAAUAUAACAAAAUAUACAGAGGAGUACCGCGGAAAAUCAAAUUUUAGUGCGGGAAUCCUUUUUUCCGGUCUAGUUUGCGGAUAAAAAUCAGCACGGGAAUUCGCCGACCGAGAGUCGGUCGUCAGAAGCGCAUUAGGAAAAUUCUACGGCGGCGGAGUCCGUUCCACCCAGGGCGUAGCAACCGCACUGAUAGCAGUCGGUCGGAGCGAGACAGACACAGACAACUAGCGAAAAUAGUACUUACGUUGCGAGUUUCCAGAUCCCGGGUAUCCAGUGUUCGGUAACGCGACGCGUACAAUCGGAAUAUUUUUUUCCAACAUCCUGGAAAAAGAAGAAAAAUUCGAACGUUUUAGUUUUUCCUCAGUGACUGGAUUUUAAGUUCCUCGCGUCUUCGUCCAUCAUCUAGUACUACUCUUCUACUACUACUAAUACUACUACCACUACUACAACAACAAUUACUACUACCGUUCGUCUAUGACUUGGUUCGUUUUAGUCCAGGAGUGGCAAAGUUUGUAAAGUGCAGAAAAAGAAGUUAAAUGCAAAUAACCUAUUCCACCUUUCUCUCUAAACCUAAUGUUGUAAGAAAAUAAAAUCAUCCGGAGGUGCUUCUAACACGAAAAGAGAAAAGUCCGGGCCGUCAAACGACCUGACUACCGCAAAGCCAUAGUUUAAAACAAGAAGAAAAAAGCGAUAACACCAACUAAAUCUUAACGAAAAACAAAAACGGCUGCUGCAGCAGAAAGUGGAGUACACCCCAGUGGAAAAGUGAAAACUAUCGAGGAGUGGUUUUUCCAAUCCGACUUCAACCCUGUCGAAACAGCGAAAGCAGCAAGCUGUGCAGAGAAAAUCUGAAAAUUUUAGAGGAAAAACGGGAUCAUAGGUGAUAAGGAAAUUUUACAUCUUGUAAUCUUUUGGAUGCACUUUCAUGAUAUAAUAAGAUACUAGGGAAGAAAAUAAGGAAAAUAAAACACAUAAAACGAGGAAACUUUUUGAUAUUCGGAUUUGGAUCUCAUUCCUUGGCAACAACGCGAGAUAUAUACAAGAGAAAUAAGAAAUUCAUGAAAAAACAAUAUACAAUAUUUAUAGCAAAAAAACCGAGAUAAAAAGGAUCAAUUGCUUCCUAUUUACAAUAUAAAAACCAAACUUAGAGAAUAAAUUAGCAAAACUCAACAACAACAAGGCGUGGAUUCAGAGCCCAGAGCCACAAAUUUUCAUACAUCCGGUUGGACACCCGAGGAGGCCGGCCAACGUCACUCACGGGCGGAAAAGGAAGUGCAAACCGUGAUUUCAGCAAAAAAGUAGAUAAAAAGCUAACUCUCAAGUCCGCCAGAGGAUCACAAAACUUCGUUACCAACAAGUAAGAAAAAAAAACGAAAGCCACCUUCUUCCCCACACAGGUCUAGGCUAUUUGACCAGCUCCCGCCUCUCCCUUCUGCCCAGAGACAUCCGAACAUCGUGGAAACCGGUAGAAAACCGUGUACCUAUUGCACCAAGAUAGCAAACAAGCAAAUAAACAGCAAAUCAAGAGUCAGAUUAACGACAAUCAACAACACUUAGAGAAAGCAAACAGUCGCUGACGCCUCCGCCGCAGCUGCAAUCACACAGCAACCAACAAUAAUUAAUAAAGAAAUAAAUUAAACAACCAACGCAAAUCAGGAGUGAAAUUUAAACGCAUUUUCGUCACCCAAAUCCUUUUGUUGUUAGACAACGCAAACCUGCCCCCCGCCCCGCGAAGUUUCGCACGCUGCCCGUCUGAUAGAAGCUUCUCUAUUGGUCGCUCCAUCAGCUCCAGUAGUAAUCGUGCGUACGUGCGAUCUACCACUUUCCAGGUGAAAUUAAGCAACAAACCCUUCGAAACUUCUUUAUAUUGCAGAGCAUAGAGACGAAAUUCUUACGGAAACUAUAGCUAGAUUACAGCGAGGUGCAUAGCACACAAUUACAAACAAACAGAAUAAAAAUUAAAAAUAAAGUUGAUAGUGGUUUAGCGCUAGCCGUUACACCGCAGUUGUUAGACAAGAACACAUAACGAUCCGAUCCAUCCAGUAAUUAGUGGAAAAGCAGUGUAGCAGUCUUUAAAUUAUGAUGGCGAACGGUCUGGAGACAGUACAGCAAAAUGGACGCUCCGGUUCAAUCGGUAGCGGCCAGGAGGAUAGUAAAACAAAUCUGAUCGUCAACUAUUUACCGCAGACGAUGACCCAGGAAGAGGUCAAGUCUCUGUUCUCCAGCAUCGGCGACGUAGAGAGCUGCAAGCUCAUUAGGGAUAAGGUUACCGGACAAAGUCUCGGUUAUGGCUUCGUAAACUAUCACCGUCCGGAGGACGCAGAAAAAGCAAUAAACACAUUUAACGGGCUGAGACUGCAGAACAAGACGAUCAAGGUGUCAUUCGCACGCCCCAGUUCCGAUGCCAUCAAGGGCGCCAAUUUGUACGUGUCCGGGCUGUCCAAGAGCAUGACCCAGCAGGAUCUGGAGGCACUGUUCCAGCCAUACGGACAGAUCAUUACGUCGCGCAUCCUGUGCGACAAUAUUACUGGCCUAUCGAAGGGGGUCGGCUUCAUCCGUUUCGACCAGCGCUCCGAGGCAGAACGAGCAAUCCAGCAGCUGAACGGUACCACGCCGAAAGGUGCUUCCGAACCGAUUACGGUCAAGUUUGCCAACAAUCCGAGCAAUAACAUCAAUAAAGCGAUUCCACCGUUGGCCGCGUAUCUAACACCGACGCCGAACCUACGACGAUUCCCACCGGGGCCGAUCCAUCCGUUAGGAGGACGUUUCAGCCUUCCCUCUACUUUCAGCCGCUACUCGCCGCUGACCGGCGACCUUGGCACUUCGGUUCUUUCGGCCAACGCUAUCAACGGGUCAGGUUGGUGCAUUUUCGUGUACAAUCUGGCCCCGGAGACGGAGGAGAACGUAUUGUGGCAAUUGUUCGGUCCAUUCGGAGCCGUACAGAGCGUCAAAGUGAUCAAGGAUCUGCAGACGAACAAAUGUAAAGGCUUUGGUUUCGUCACUAUGACCAAUUACGACGAGGCCGUUGUCGCUGUGCAGUCCCUCAACGGUUACACUCUCGGCAACCGAGUGCUGCAGGUCAGCUUCAAGACGAACAACACCAAAUCGAAAACCAAUUAAAAAUGGGAAAAAUUUUAAGUUUUUUUUCCCUUUACAAAACCGACGUUUAGCAUGACUAAGAAAGACCCCACGUGAAUACACUUGAACAGAGUGAAAAUAAAAUUAGAAAAGACAAAACCAUUUACUAGCACUCAUGUUGUCAGAUCUCCUCGUACCCAGUUCCCCUUCCUCAGCCGUGUGUUCCUUCCAAAACUUCAUAACUCUGUAGUGUACUGUGUUAGUUUACUGACUUUUAUCUUCACCUUGGUUUGUAGCGCAAACCCGAUCCGACCGAAAGGAAAUAUCAUACCGUAUUCUUAACAAGAAACGUUUAACAGAACGGUUAAAGAGAGACGUAAUAUCAACUGAAUCAAUGGGAUAUUGUAAUAAAAAUUUAUUAAAGAAAUUAUACGAAGAUGAAGUGAAACAACAGAAAGGUGCAAUAAUAUUUCAAAAAUAUUGUAUAUAGAAGAAAAAAAAAACAUUUGAUAUUUCCUAAAACACUAGCAAAAAAAACAAAAUCAGCAUCUCUUUAGCUCGAAAAGUCGACUUACUGGUGAAGCAUAAUGUAGCAGAAUCAUUUAAUGCAAGAAAAAGCUCUUAAAAAAUUCAUUGUUAUUAGUUUCCGCUGGGAUGCCUAGCGGUGGCCGACAUGGAAUGCAAAGCCGAACAAGUAGUUACGCUCUGGUUUCAGGCCGUUACAAAGAGGACGAACCUAUAAUUAGCGAAUCUUACGGAACGCUCAAUGUUUACCACGACAGAAGAAACCCUACUGAAGAAACAAACCAAAAAACUACAAGUAUAAAUGUGCAAUAAUGUAUUAGAAUGGUACACUAUAUUAAAUAAAUAUUAGCCAAAUUCAAGAAAGGUUACAGUGCGAAAAGCCUGAGAACCUGAGCGGCUGCGACGGCUGGUGAAUUUCGGCUGCCGAAAGCUAAGCGCAUGGCAUACAGACAUGCCAUGCACCACCCAGCGAAGACUGAAUGAUAUCGUAACUAAAAAAUUGAAACUAACCUAAUAUAAAACCUAUUUAUUUAUAUACUAAUUUAUUCUUAAAUGUUUCAAUAUGGCUUGAAGAAAGCAACCAAAAAAAAAAAAACAAAACAAAACAAAAAAUCAUAAACAACGCGUAACUUGUAAGGAAGAAACAGAAAGGGAAGUGUAAUAAGUUCAUUUCGAUUACUCUUAUAUUUAAAUACAUAUAUUUAUUAACGAUAAUUUAUUUAAUCGAUAUAUAAAACAUUACUCAAACGGUGAAAUAACGAUAAUUAUCGAUGUAUUUUUGAAUUUUAAACUCACAACCUAACCAGCAAACACCUUUUUCUUGGUAUUCUCUUAUUACUCAUCACGCGCAAGCAAAGCCGUAUAAUCUCACUUCUUUAACUGUGUACUUUAUAAAGAAUCGCUCGAAUCGCUCAGAUAUAGCAUGCAAGAACGAAAAAAAAGAGAAAAACAAACAAAACCUGCCCUAGUAAAACAUCCACUGUUCCUCUGCGGUUGACAAAACUAUCACUGGGAUGAAAAAUCUGCGACCAGAAUGUUUAAACCGGUUGAGAUCUUCAGAAACGCAAAAAACACUAAAACUAAAAACUGACGCAAGUCUGGCCGAUAUAUUUUUCUUUUUCUCGUAUUUGAAUUUACUUACCUUUUUUUAUAUUGCGAUUUUGUUUGCGAAGUUUGCUCCGAUUGACAGGAGGCGAUAAUUUAGGAUGAAGAUAAAAACGCUAAAUGAUAAGGCAAAUGUACCGUACUGCUCUCUAUUAUUGAUUUAGUGUUAUGUUUUAGUGUUAAGCUAAUCUUUUACGUGGCUCUCGUAAUUGUUUAUAAACAAAGGAAUCAAGAAUUUAAGCGAAUUUGACGUCUACAAAAAUACUGCAAAAGUACUCAAAAAAAACAAAAAAUAAUAAUGUUGGUAGUGAAAUUUUACUUCAGUGGGUUUUUCUCUAUCUCUCUUGUAAAUCAUCAGUGUUUAUAUUUGUGAUUAGUUUUCUUAACUAAAUUCUUAUUGAUGAAGCUAAGUUUAAGGAAAUUUAAAAAAAAAAGCUAAACAACCAAUCUCAUUGCGCUUAACAAACUCAACUAACUAGUUUGGAAACUAAUUGAAGGGAAUACGAAAGGUACGCACAUUCUUCGGCAGCGAAAAGUGGUUUAGAAUUCCUAUCGCUUACUCGUGUUUCUGUAUACAAACAGAAAUCUGAGCAAUUGCACUAAAUUAAUUCAUCGUCUGGAGAAAACAUCCACGGGGAGCGUAAUUUCAAAGUAUUAGAACGCCAAGGCAAACCUAAUUUAAAUUGAAGAAAUUGAAGAACGAUAAUUUAACUCUUAAAUGAAAAUAUUUUCCUCCAAUUUAGUCAAAAUUUUAUUAAUUAGAUACAUAUUCAUAUAAUUAUUCGAAACAAAAAAGCAUACAAAAUAUAUGUGUUAAAAAGUAAUUUAUCAAUGCAUUUAUGUCAUUAAUUAUUGCGUAACAAGUAGAAGAAAUUCAACAUUUCGCUGGCAAUGCAAAACGGCAUUCGUUUGACAAGUGCAUCUUGUAGUUGAACCUACAGCAGCACACACUCGCAUCCAAACUCAUAUACUAGUGCAGUGCGGUGCUAUGCACAAACCACAAUUAAUCUGAAACAGGAACCUAACGCUGUGCUAAAGUUCGAUAAAGCUUGUCCCUUCCGACAGUCGAAAGUCCAAAAUUCAUUUUACAGCAAAACCGAUAUCUUUACAACAGCGUAAGCUCGAUGAGAAUGUGACACAAUUGCAGUAACAAAAUACGCGCAAAACAAAACACACAAAAAAGUAUCCAAAUGGUAAUGUUUAGUGUAAGUGUAUUGGGUUGAAUAUAACGAAUUAUUCGGAUACGUCAUAAAAUGAUAAUUUAACCUUUCUUUUCUAUCUUAUCUUACGCACACACAAUGACAAAAAUACAGAAGAUGAUCGAGAAAUAUCGUCCUACAUGCUGAAUCACAGAACACGCAAUCACAAACAUUUUGAAGCAAACAAUAAAAACACACACACACACAAAAGGUGAGAAAACUCGUCAUUAGUAUUGAUAUUAAAUUUUAUGUAUUCGAAAAAAUGACAAGAAAAAUAAAAGAAAUUAAAGAAAAUUAUAAAAUACAUGUUAUAUUUGCAUAUUAUUAUAAACAAACCUAUUCUAUUAUCAUUCAUAACUAAGCCCAAAACACAAGAAACAAAAAAAAACAGUAGAAUGUCUACUAUUCCAGUUUUUUAACUUGUUUCUCCACGUUAGCUAGUAAUUUCCUUCAAUUUGAAUACCACCAGGAAUGUGUACUAUCCUGUGGCAGAAAAUACGUGCAAUCACUGCUCCCGCUAAAGUAUGAAGCAAAUUGUUAUUUCACUAACUCAUACCACACAAAACACACUCACACAGAUAAUAAUAUUGAUUCCAAAGGGUACAAUCAAAUGAACCCGGAUCAGUAAAGGAGAAAAAAAAAAUACAAAAAAGACACGUUGGUAAACAAUGAGACUGUAUGUAAAAGUUUUUUUAACUCAGUGUAAUAAAUAAAAAAAACACCGCAGUUUCAGUUCAUCAAAGGACAAAUGAACAAACCGGGACAGGAAGGAAAGGUUAAACCUAACGCAAUCAAUACGUAAAUCCGACAGAGCUGAAGAAAGCUGUAACAAGCGAACCGAAACGUCAACGAAUACAACGAGCAAAACAAAACAACACUAGCAGAAAAGCAGAACACAGUAUACAGGACAGAAGGAGACAACAACAAACAAGAAAUCUAUCGCAUAAGAAAAACAAUGUCAUUCACGUUUCAGUACAUUGGGAAACUGGACGCACGUCGGAGAAACGUAAGAAACACCAAACAUGACGCUUUUCAUACCGAAAUACAUUGCAAAACACGAGUUACACAUCUUCUGAGUUCUAUUGCCAUUUCGCUGAACACCAAAAACAAACAUUUCCGGUAGCAUCCUCUGCACAUACACAUACUCACAUACAUCACACAAACUUGCGCAGCCUAGUUUCGUUUUACCACCUAGAAAAUGCAAAAUGACAAUUCGAAAGUGAACUACAAAGCAGUAAUAAAUACAAAACUAAUCUCCAUCCAUGUUAGGGCAGCAGUUGAAGCGAAAUGACAUACAAUUAAUCGGAAAGCGGUAGCGAUUCCGGCAGCCCACCAAAAGGAUGCACCGCCCGACGCAUCAAAUGCUAGUGGUGAAGGCCGAUUUCGGUAGUUUGACGUUCGUCCCAUACAACCUUUCCUUAUUCCCUCAUAUCCCCGCUCUUUGCGCCAGUCGAAUCGUUUGUACCGUUUAGGUAGGUUCCUGCUUUUCUGCGAAGGAUUAAGAUGAAAACAAAAACAUAUACGCUUAUUUAGAUCCGAAAACUGUAUAUCCCGAACGUCUGACUGCCGGAGUAAAUAUCGUUAGGAUAUCGAAAACCGAGAAAAAUGAAAUCCCCUUAGCGCAAAAACAAACGAAUAAGAAAAAACUAUAAUUGUUUCUGUACCCUCUGAUGAAGGAAAAAUUAAGAAAAAAAACUCUAAAACAAAUCUAUAUUAAUGGCAAUUGUAUAGAAGAAAUUGAAUUUUAUAACAGAAAUAAAACCAUGUGAACACAUGUGCAUCAACCUUUUAUUUUUCAACUAUAUUCAACGGACAAAGGAAAGCAAACAAUUCGAAACGGAACAGUGCAGCAAGAAAUAUAUAAACUUAAUAAUUAACAAAAAAUUAAAUAUUAUCAGUAUUCAAAAAAAUCCCCAAAUUAAUGGAAAAGUAAGCUACAAAACCUAUUUAAUUGAUUUUUAUGUCAUUUUAGAGAAAGGUAACAAACAAACGGUAAUUAAAGCAAAUAAAACUGUUUAAGAACAA